AUGUUUCCAAGUGACACGAUUGAUAGCCGCCUUCUCAUCUCCCAGACUUGUAUCGGUGUCGCAGGGAACUUGGUGCUCUUGGUGGCAUACGUGUACACCUUCCUGAUCCAGCCGCACCUGAAGAAGCCCAUAGAUGUGAUUUUCAUGUACCUGACAGCGGUCAAUAUUUUAACCAUCCUAUUCACGCUGACUCCAGAUAUCACGUCAUCCUUGAGAGUGAGACAUUUUUUGGAUGAUGUAGGUUGCAAAGUCAUCUUGUACAUAUUCAGAGUUGCCCGGGGUCUUUCCAUCUGCACCACCUCUUUCCUGAGUGCUUUUCAGGCCAUCACUAUCAGUUCCAGUGGUUCCAAAUGUGCAUGGCUGAAAUCAAAACUCUCUGCAUGCAUUUUCCCCUCUUUCCUUUUCUUCUGGGCCAUCAACAUGCUGAUCUAUAUCUAUAUCAUUGAAACUGUAGGCACCAGAUCCAAUAUCACCAUCGGCCAUAAAUAUGUUCACCCCCACUGUCAAACUAGGCAACUUGGAGACCACCACUUAGGGUCAUUUCUAAGUGUCAUAAUGCUUCGAGAUGUGUUCUUUGUGGUGCUCAUGGUCUGGACGAGCCUGUACAUGGUGAAUCACCUCUGCAGACAUCACAGGAGAGCCCGGCACAUCCACAGCUCCAGCUUCCCCUGCCAGACACCUCCUGAAAACAAAGCCAUCCACACCAUCCUUUUGUUAGUAAGUUGCUUUGUGUUCUGUUAUUGCUCAAACAAUCUCUUCACCUUUUAUUCAUUGUAUACACCCAAGAAAAACCCAAGAUUCAAGAUGUUUCGUGGAAUUUUAUCCACAUGUUACCCAACCAUCUGCCCUUUUGUGCUGAUGAAAAAUAAUAAAAUCAUUUCCCGAUUUACUUCUUCCCUCUCUGUGAUGAGAACCAUCUUUUCUCAAAGAGCUUCCACUGGCUGA